AUGGCAUCAGCAGCUGUCGAACAUCUAGGCCACAACUCCCUCCUAGCAGACAAACCACCGGUCCCUGUAUCCGACAAGCCGCAUCAUGUCCAGACAACCCUCAAUUACCUCAAAGAGAACGAAGAUGGAUCCCCUCCAUUCCCAACCUAUGUGAACAAACCUGAAACAUACGAAAGGGAAAGUGUCCCACUCCCCACCACCAUCCAUGAUGUCAGUGGUCAUGAACUGGACUAUUCUCUCGACGGCCAAGGAUUCCAAUUCUAUUACCAUGAAAGUAAAGAGAAGACCUUCCUCGACGAUGAAAAGAUCAAACGAGAGUACUAUCCAGAAACAGAACAACUGCUCAAAGACGCCACCGGUGCCUCCCGAGUACUCAUCUUCGACCACACAAUCCGCCGCCAAACAGGCGCAGGUACACCACUCCGCGGCCCGGUCCAACGCGUCCACAUAGAUCAAUCCUAUAAAGCUGCCAAGAACCGUGUCUCCCACCACCUCCCAGACGAAGCCGAAGAGCUCCUUAAAGGCCGGUACCAGAUUAUCAACGUCUGGCGCCCGAUUCGCACGAUUUUCAAGGAUCCUCUCGCUGUCGCUGAUGCGCAUUCAGUGCCAGAAACGGAUCUCGUGCCUAUUGGACUUAUUUAUCCUGAUCGUGAAGGUGAGACGUAUGGCGUUAAGCCGGAUCCGGAUAUUAAGUGGUACUAUCGUUAUGGACAGACUCCUGACUUGGUGACGCUGAUCAAGUGCUUUGAUUCAAAGGUUGAUGGGAGGGCGAGGAGGGUGCCUCAUUCUGCUUUUGUUAAUCCUGAGACGGAGGAUCAGGAUGCGAGGGAGAGUAUUGAGGUUCGAGCUUUGGUUUUUCAUCCUGAUGAUCGGGAGUGA